AUGCCGACCAGAAAUGUGUAUAAGAGACAGGAUAUACCAACACCAUCAUUAUUUUCACCAAAUUCAUCAAAUCUUGAUGUUAGUUCAAUAAGUAUCGCAGAUGAAUCAACAUUAGGAAAUGAUAUUAUAUUAAGUUUACAAGAUGGUAAAGAUAAUAGUAGUGAUAAUGGUGAAAUAGUGGAGGAAGAAGAACUUCCAGUCACACCUAAAGAAUUAAAAGGAUGGUAUAUUUACAAUGCAGCGACUGAAGUAUAUAGCGUUGUUGCUAUAUCGGCAUUUAUUCCAAUAAUAUUAGAAAAUCGAGCAAGCGAAGCAGGGUUUCAAUUAGAUCAUGUAACCCCUUGUAAUACUUCUAUAAAAGGAUAUCAAUGUGUAACAAAAUAUGGGGCAGGAUUUGUUGAUACAGCAAGUUUUUCUUUAUAUACCAUAUCUAUAUCAGUAUUUAUUCAAUGUUUGGUAUACAUUGGACUUGGAUCCCUUGCUGAUCAUGGAGAAAAUCGAAAAAAAUUUCUAUUAUUCUUUUCAUAUCUUGGAGCAAUUUCAACCAUCGCUUUCUUAUUAGUAAUUAAUCCAAGUUUAUACUGGUUAGCAGGAUUAUUAACAAUAUUAUCUAAUGUAUGCUUUGGAGCUGGAUAUGUAUUUUACUUGGCAUAUAUUCCAACAUUCACACGUGUUCAUCCACUUGUCAUUGAAGCUAAAGAAUCAGGUAAAACAGUACAAGAAAUAUCAAAGAUAGAGGAUACAGUAUCAAAUAAAUUUUCAUCACAUUCGAUUGCAAUUGGAUAUGCAUCAGGAGUAGUAGUAUUAGUAAUAGCUGCAGUAAUAUCAUAUUUCAUGAAACAAUCCACUUAUGGUCUUCAAGUAGGGACAGCAAUAGCAGGAAUUUGGUGGUUGAUAUUAUUAAUAUUUCCAACAUUUUGGUUACAAAAAAGAAAAAAUCCUCCAUUACCAAAAGGAGAAAAUUUUUUAUUUUAUUCAUUUAAAAGGGUGGGAAAGACACUUGGUUCAGCGAAAAAGUUGACACAAUCAUUUAAAUUUUUAAUUUCAUGGUUUUUAUUAUCAGAUGGGUUUAGUACUGUUGUUUCAGUUGCAAUAAUAUUUGGAAAGAAAAAUCUUGAAGUAGAUAAUACACAAUUAACGAUUGCAGCAAUCAUAAUACCAGUUUGCGCAUUUAUUGGUGUUUACAUCUUUUUAUUUUUACAACAAAAAUUUGGAUUAUCAACAAAAACAAUGAUAUUAAUUACAGGUGGAUUACAUUCUUUAAUUCCAAUAUAUGGAUUACUUGGAUUUGUUACGCCAAUCGGAUUUAAGUUUACAAUAGAAAUUUAUAUUUUUGCAGUAUAUUUUGGGUUCAUGUUGGGAGCUAUACAAAGUUAUUGUCGUGUUCUAUUUGGAAGCAUGGUGCCCAAAGGACAUGAAAAUGAAUUUUUUGGUUUAUAUGAAAUAACUGAUAAAGGAUCAAGUUGGAUUGGACCUUUAGUAACAGGAUUAAUUGGAGAUUUGACUCAUGAUUUAAGAUAUGGUUUUUGGUUUUUACUUGUUAUGAUGAUAAUACCAUUAAUAGUGAUUUUUACUGUUAAUGUUGAAAAAGGUAAAGAAGAAGCAGAACGUUUUUUUGAAGAGGAACAAUUAAAAAAAUUGAAGGAAAAAUUUCAACAAUAA